AUGGUCGCAGGGGCUGAACUGGUGCUGGCCUCAUCCAAAGGCCAAUCGACGCCUUCUCGAAGACAUUUACUCAGUUCAACAUUUGUUAUGCUUAGUGUGCUGCCUUCAGGAGUAUUACUGUGCGACUCGUCCACUUGUGACAACCUAUUCGUAUCCAUUUCAAGUACCGUAGCGCUCGAAUGUUCAGAGUCAGCGCCACGAGGUGUGGUGGCGGUUGACGUGUUCGGCGUAGCCGUCCGUUGUCGGAUUUCUGUGAAUGCGGACGAGUUCGUCUGGGAACUGUGUGGUGUGAUCUCAUCGCUCGGAUCGCUGACGUGACUCGUAGAUGGCUGGCACUCAUCAUCCGGCAGAGGGGAGGGAGGUGUUGUUCUUGUCGCAUAUGGCCCACGAAUUGCAUCGAAAAUGCUGGCUUCAUGAGCAAGAUGUUCGAUGAGCUUGUUGACAGGCAGUUCUUCGAUUGCAUCGGCAUCGAACCGAGCCCGUAAGGAACUUGUCUGUAGUAGGCCUCGUCUGUUCCGUAGAGCGUGCCAUACCAAAAUCGGCUAUUCGAAGCAGGCAAUCACCGUUCACCAAAAGAUUUGACGGCUUCAAAUCACGAUGUACAAUACCAACUGAGUGCAGGUACUUGAGUCCUCGGAGUAGCUGAUAGAGGAAGUAUUGAAAGUGUUGUUCGACUAGUGCUUGACGACUGUGAAUAAUCUGAUGCAGAUCGGUUUCCAUUAAGUCCAUUACCAUGUAGAUAUCUCGGCCAUGAGUGCCUUCAGCGGUGAACAUAUCGAGUACGGCGAUGAUGUUUUCGUGUCGAAGUUCCCGUAG